AUGGCCAAAGCCCACCUCGUCCCAGCGAUAUUUUCUUCGCUCCAUCGUCUCUCGGCCUAUGUCUUUUUAAAAAUCAUCCCAACCACAAUUGGGCCUCUGGUUUUGCCCGUUUUCUAUGUUGCAUAUCUUAUCUCGUUGGUACUUUGUCCUGCCGCGGACUCUCCCACCCCGGCGAUCACCGCCCCUGUGCAGACAUCCCAAGACACCAAAGAGGCCAAUGGAGACGCGAAAAACAUCAAGGAAGAAAAGCCUCUUCCCCCUCCUCCUGUUACCCAACCCAAACAACCUUCACUCGUCCCCUCGUUGCUUUUCUCUUUGAAAACGCGCAAUUGGCUCCCCAACGCCCUCAAUGUUGCUAUCAACACCAUCCUAUUCGCUGCUUGCGUGGACUUGACACUGAACCCUGUGUUUUAUCCCGAGACUGACGUCGCGUUUGCGAGGGUUGGAGCCGUUUAUCCCGACGCGGCAAAGAUCACUGUCCGGUUCCCUUCCUCCGAGGUCACCCAGCAGGACGUCCGCAUUUUGUACAGAGAGGCAGAUUCGCCUUUGAAUGGGUGGAAGGAUGGCCCGGUCCUCUCCGUUUCCGAAGAGUUUGAUUGGGUUAAUACCACCAGGUUGAAGAACCUUUGGCCGGAGACUGUCUACGAAUACACGUUUUCGGAUAUGAACAGAACCCUUGUCGAUGAUGCUGUUCCUCAACGCUUCCAGACCUUCCCCGAUGCAAGGUUCAACUCCGGUUCCCACUUCAAGUUUCUGGUGUCGUCGUGUAUCACCCCCAACUUCCCGUACAAGGGUCCACAGGAGCGUCUGAUGAUCAAGGGAUUUGACUUGCUCGCCAAAUACCUCACCCACGAGGAGGAAUCGACAGAGGAAGCUGUCAAUAUGACUGGAUCUGUCUCCAAUACCACCACCGCCGACGAACCAGUUGCAGAACAGAACGCCACCGUCCCCGAAGUUGCUGAGGAGCAAGUGCCCCUUGUUGCUCCGGAAUCCGCCCCUUCGGCCUCUUCAGUAAUCUCCAACCUGUACAAGUUUAUGCUUUUCCUUGGUGAUUUUGUCUAUGCGGAUGUGCCCUUCUACUACGGCGACGACAAGGAUGCGUAUUUGCGUCUUUACAGGCGCAAUUACGCCAGUCCCAGUUUCCAGAAGGUGUACAGGAACUUGCCGGUUUUCUAUGCUUACGAUGAUCACGAGAUCUUUAACAACUAUGGUGGGGAAGGAAUUGAUGUCGCCCCAUAUGCCAACGCGACGAACGGGUUUUCAUUGUACAACGGGGACGCAAACUACGAUCCUACGGUGCAGGGAGACCAUUACUACAACUUCAGCUAUGGCGAUACUGCGUUCUUCGUCUUCGACACUCGCCGCUACCGAUCCAAUAUCGACACCACCGCCCCUCAAGACCGCACGAUGCUCGGCCCUGUCCAACUCGAAGCCUUCCACAACUGGCUUGCUAGGGUUAAUCAAACUGCAACCUUCAAGUUUGUCGUCUCGUCUGUGCCGUUCACCUCGCUUUGGGGCCAUGACGCGCAGCUGGAUUCGUGGGCUGCGUUCGCACGCGAGAAGAACCAGGUUCUGAAAGCCUUGCAGAGUGUCCCGAACGUGGUCAUUUUGUCGGGUGACAGGCACGAGUUUGCAGUGAUUGAGUAUGCUGUCCCUCAGCACUCGGAGGAUAAGAAGGGUUAUGUGGUUAGGGAAUAUUCGGCGAGUCCGUUGAAUAUGUUCUAUAUCCCGUUCGUGAAGACGUUAAGGAUGGAGAGUGAGGACGUGGUUGUAAGGAGGUGGAACGAGACUAGGUUAACAGAAGAGGGACCUGUUGUGGAGGAGAAGACCGAGCUUGUGCCCAAGGAACGGGUGUUGCAGUAUAUUCCUGUGGGGAACGUGAAGUGGUCCUCCAUCGAGGUUGAUACGAGGAACCAGAGUCAUCCCGUUUUGAGGCUUGAGGCUGUUAUUGAUGGGAAGACUGCUUACCAGUUGGAGACGAUUGGCACACCUGUCAACCAUAACAACGGCAAGGCCUUGAUUUCUGUUCCUCUCGGCCUCAAGCACUUCCUCGGAAAACUUGGUUUCCAGUCGAAACGAUGGUUCUAA